GAGAAGAAGCAGCAGGGCGGGCAGGACGCGCAGCACCAGCCCUGCUGUGGACGAACAUGAGCCGCUCCACGUCGUCCCACUGAUGUUAUGACUUGAAUAUGGCCGAUAAGGGGCCGUUUUUGACCUCAUGUAUUAUUUUCUACCUGUCGGUCGGGGCCGCAAUAUUCCAGAUUCUCGAAGAGCCAAACUGGAUGUCGGCCAGAGACAAGUAUAUCCUGCAGAAAGAAAACGUUUUAAAGAAGUAUACCUGCUUGACUAAAGAAGCGCUGGAUGAGAUUUUGGAGAUCGUGUCGGAGGCUGCAGGUCAAGGUGUGACCAUCACUGGCGAGAAACAUCGCAACACGUGGGACUGGGUCAACUCGGUCGUUUUCGCUGCCACCAUUGUCACCACCAUAGGUUAUGGCAAUGUCGCGCCCAAGACUGAAGGUGGCCGUGUGUUCUGCAUCCUGUACGGUUUGUGUGGGAUCCCCCUAUGUCUGGUAUGGAUAAGCGAGCUGGGUUCGUUCUUUGGAGACAGAGCCAAGCGUCUGUCCCAGGUUCUGAUCCGUAAAGGCGUUUCAGUGAAAAAGGUCCAGUUAACCUGUACGGCCUUGUUCCUGUUAUGGGGGCUGUUUGUGCACCUGGUGAUCCCUCCAUUUGUUUUCAUGUCUGUGGAAGGAUGGAGCUACCUGGAAGGCAUCUACUUCUCUUUCAUCACUCUCACAACGGUUGGUUUUGGAGAUUAUGUGGCAGGCGUAAAUCCAAACAUAGAGUACCCCAGACUGUACAGAACAUUUGCUGAGAUAUGGAUCUACAUGGGCCUGGCCUGGCUGUCUCUGUUCUUCAGCUGGAAUGUCCACAUGGUAGUGGAAGCUCACAAGAAGUUCAAGCAAAGACGACACAGGUACCGAAACAUAGAUGACGAGGAGCCCCAGCAAGAAGGGGAAAAGCAAAGCCCACACAUGAAGCAGUCCGUCAUCGACAUCUUCAACUUCCUGUCUGAAAAUGGGGAGGACUACAGCACCGUCAUCCACGAUAUCGGAAGUACGGCAAAAAAUAGAAACCCUGAAGAGAAAGUCAACCGCUCUAAGAGCUGCAGCGACAUCCUGGCCAUCCGUAACCUGGAUCAUUCGCCGAGUCACAAACACAUGAUCAGUAUCAGUCAGGUGUUCAUGACCGCAAUGGUGGAUCAAGAGGAGGAGCGUCCGCCACAAGAGAGCAACAGAGACAGUGAGCCUCCAGAAUGUGCAAGGACGGCAGGUAGCAUGGAGAACAAGGACAGUUGUACAUUUGAACCAGAAAAUGAUGGUAUCAUCUUCACUGUACCUGCCAGAGAUGCUGCCGAAGAACAGACUGUACAGCAGGCGGGUGGAGGGGAGAGUAGGUUCCAAAUAUCCAAAGUAAAUGAAGAUUUGUUCAAGGACAAAGAUGAAAAAGGGUAAAACAAUACCGUUAUGUAUCAAGGGGACAAACUGCAUCCGUGCAAUUCAAGGGUGGACGGUUUAACAGCCUCCUAACUGCAUCUUUUUAAAAUUUAGAAAAGUAACCUCAGAGCCAGGUGGAUCUUCAGGGUCGUGCUUUGACGGCUUUGUGCCGUUUGGAUGACAUAGCAGCCACUUGUCACCUUUCUUAAGGUCUACAGACUAGAAACAUUAUAGUACAGUCUUUUAAGGACACCGACACAAGAUAAGAGUAAAUUACACUAAGAGACAAUAUCCAUUUAACUGAAUUUGAAUUAAUUAAUUGGGAAACAUGAGGUGUGUUGCUUAAUUUUCAGAUUUUCACUAUUUUGAGGAGGGAUUAUUUUAUGCACAGACCCUUUCUUCAUUGUUCUAUAGUUGAAAUGCUCCAAAUUAUUAGUCUGUGUAAACAGUUCGUCAUGUCAAGGGUUGAAUGAGCUGAGGCGCAGCUCUCCUCGGAUUUGAAUCUCCACCGGAGUUUGCCCUGUGUGCAGCAGAUCUGAAAUGUAAAUUUUUCCUGCAGUUUCAACAGGGGAUGAAGGCAUCGCAGGAUCCUUCAACCCCUGAUUGGAAAACUCUGCACAUGAGAAAAUGCUGCUGAUGUAUGAUUUAGCUUGAGGAGAUAAAUACAGGGAUGCUUCGUUCAGAGUUUAGUCUGCUGAUUACAACGAAUAUAAGACGUAUGACUCAUGACUGAUCAUAAUGUAGAUGAUUCUUAAAAGAAAAAACUAAUUUAUAGAUUCAUGCAGUUUUGCAUUCUUAAGGACAGACAAUCUUAAAGUACUGUGAUGUUCAGUAAAAAGUAUCCAGUAAAAUAUUAUUUUCAUGAUAAACGGCAAAGCAGCUAUAUGAACUUUUUUACAUAUUUUAUUGAAAAUAUAAGCACUUAUUUCACAGCGUUUCUUGUAGUUGGUCAGUUCAGUGUCUACAACCAUUUGCAAAAAAUGCUGAUGUACCCACGACCAUGAAAAAGUCACGAAAACGAAAUGCAUCCAUUUUCCUCCCACGAGAAUAAGAAAAAAAUGCAUUUCCCCACAUACGAGCGCUGUGAUUUAUGUUAAUCAUCAUUCAAAUCACCAUUGUCCGCGCCUUGCAAAGAGGUGAGUCAUUGCCUACUCCAGAUCACAGACCAAGGCUUUGUGGAACACAGUGCCAAUGAGCAACUUUCCCCCAUAUACUGCUGCUACGGACGAACCCAUGAGCACACUACCAUCGUCUUCAUACACCUGAGUCACCACUGGCUGGUCAGAGUGAAUCUUCUGGACGCGGAUGACCUGCACAAAACACAAUCACACGACAGAAAGAAUUAUAACGAGAUGAAUACAUGUAAAACGAUUGGUCAUCUGUUUAAGUAAAGAGAAUAAAAGGUGCAGAAAUUACACAUGUAAAAACAUA